AUGUCGUGGUUACAAAUGAACAUAGAUUUUGAAGGACAAAAGCUGGCUGAAUAUAUUUACUAUUUCGUGAUUAUUAGUGGAGCUAUACUUGGUUUUGUUGUCGGGUUUUAUUACCAGGAUUUGCUUUUAACGAUGGAGAUAUUCGCUGGUGGUAUUGGUCUAUCCGCUUUGCUUGUCUUCCCUUCAUGGCCGAUAUACAAUAAACAUCCGAUCCAGUGGUUACCAGCAAAACAAACGACGGAUGCAAGUGAUGGUGAUGAGAGCUGA